AUGCCUCGUGAACGUACUUUCCUUGCCAUUAAGCCUGACGGAGUUCAGCGUGGACACGUCGGUGAGAUCAUCUCCCGCUUUGAGAGAAAGGGCUUCAAGCUCGUUGGAAUGAAGAUGAUGGUGCCUCCCAUGGAGCUUCUGGAGCAGCACUACGCUGAGCACAAGGGAAAGCCUUUCUACCCCAGCCUCACUGGUUUCAUGAGCUCUUCUGCCGUUGUUGCCAUGGUUUGGGAAGGAAACAACGUGGUCUCCAUUGCCCGCAAGAUGAUGGGUGCCACCAAGCCUCUGGACGCUGCCCCCGGUACCAUCCGUGGUGAUCUGGGUUGCGAUAUGGGACACAACGUCAUUCACGGAUCUGACUCUGUCGAGUCUGCUCAGCGUGAGAUCAGCCUCUGGUUCCCUGAGGGUCUGGUCGAGUGGACCAAGGAUGACGAGAAGUGGGUCUAUGAAUAAGCUAGAUCAUCUAAAACUCGUAACAUUCA